AGUCCCCAAACAUAUAUCUCUAAUUAUCUUCUCUGCUAUAUAUUAUAAUCUCGUAUAGCUGCAAUUCCAAACUAUACAUAAAUAUAUAUUAAUUCUAGUUACUUAUUCGACUCAUACACUUGAGGAAGAAAAUAUUAUCGAUUCUUCAAAAGGAAAGGAUUUAUACAAACAGAUUGAAAACAAUGGCCGAAGAACAGUAUUCCCAAUUGGCCAACUAUGAAUGCGCCGUCAAGAAGAAUCUAGUGAUCAUAAGUGAGAAGGUCGAAAGCGAGAGCGAGAGUGAAGAGGAUGAAAGCUUUGACAAAGUACGACCUGAGCACGAUCUCAUUGUUGAUCCUCUUAAGAGAAUUGCUCAUGGAUUUAAGCACUUUCUUUCCAACAAAUAUAACAAGUAUCCACGUUUGUUCGAUGAACUUGCCGUAACUCAACAUCCAAAGUUUUUGGUGUUUGCAUGCUCUGAUUCUCGAGUGAGUCCUUCGCAUAUCUUAAAUUUUCAACCUGGAGAAGCUUUCAUGGCUCGCAAUAUUGCCAAUUUGAUUCCGACUUUUGACAAAGGUAAAGGCUGUGAAGUUGGAUCAAUCAUUGAAUAUGCGGUAGAAGAGCUUAAAAUAGAGAAUAUUUUGGUGAUUGGGCAUAGUCAUUGUGGUGGCAUCAAAAGGCUUAUGUCUCACCCCGAAGAUGGUUCACGUCCCUUCAACUUCAUUGAUAAUUGGGUCAACAUUGCUCAAGCUGCUAAGGAUAAAGUCAAAGCUGAACACAAAAAUUUAUCAUUUGAGGAACAAUGCGAAAUAUGUGCUGAGGAAGCAAUGAAUAUCUCCCUUAAAAAUCUAUAUUCUUAUCCAUUUGUUCGAAGGGGAAUUCAAGAAAAAAUGAUAGCACUUAGGGGUGGAUACUACGACUUUGUGGCUGGAUCUUUCAAGCUAUGGGAACUUCAGUAGUACUUAAAUAUUAAAUAUAAUUUAAUUUAGACCCCAAAUUUCAAGUUAUGUUUCAUAACUAAUAAUGUCUUCUGUUUAAUCUUUCUACUGUAUGUGUUACUUAUUAAUUAGUUAAUUAAGCAUCAUUUUUCUAAUUUUUUAUACAACAAUUAAUAAUAAUAAAAAAUUGCAACGUUUAUUUAU